AUGAACGCCCAAGGCAGAGACGAAGGGCCAGACAGGCCAGAGGACCAGCGCUCUCUUUCGAGGGGGCGCGGAAUGUCUCAGGACGGAGAGGGGGGCCCCCGGGGGGCCUCCAGGGGCCCCUCCAGGGGGCCCUCCAGGGGCCCCUCCAGGGGCCCCUCCAGGGGCCCCUCAGCUGACCGCAGCCCCGCAGACCGCCGCUCCCAUUCAGGCAGCCGCCGCAGCAGAAGUCUUCAGCGGGCUGAACGCCGCAGCCGCUCUUCCCGCGGCAGCAGGAGCCGCAGCCGCAGCGGAGGGCGGGGGAAGUACAACGGGAGGGCUUAUUACGGAGACGAGAGAGUAACUCAUGUGAUGGAAAUAGAAGAUGAUGAUGCUUCUUUCAUUUUGGGAGCAGGCGGGCGGACGAAGCGGAAGUUGAGUCACGUGUGCGGGGCUGAGUUGAACAUUGAAGAGCGGGGCGGCCGCACAGUCUUGGAAAUGCGGGGAAGUCCGCAGACCCUCGAGCGGGCCAAACUCUACGUGGGCUUUGUAAUGCAGCAGCGAGUGGGGCCUGUGCAGCUGCCUCCGGACGCGGAACGCAGAGACGAUCUCACCAUCAUUGAGGCAG